AGACAAGGAAAUGUGGCUCAAGUAACCGGUGGCAUAGCCAAUUAUUUGAAAUCUGGUCUAUAAAAGGCUAGCAGUUGCAGUCAUAUUGUGCAGCAAGUAAAUUAAGAUAGGCAUACAAGAAGAAGAAGAAGAAGAAGAAGAACAUGGCACAAUUGUCCUCUGCAUCUUCACGAACUGCCUCAUUCAUAUUGAGGAUCUUGGCCUUCGCUUUCUCACUCAUAUCACUCAUAGUGCUCGCCACGAAUACCGUAAUUGCCAUUGAUUCCGAUUAUGAUGAGUCCAAAGUUCAUUUUCAGGAUUUUUAUGCCUACCGAUACAUGCUUGCUACGAUCGUUAUUGGUACCGCAUAUAGCCUCCUGCAGCUCGUGGCAUCAAUCUGUACUGCAGUAUCUGGACGCGAGGGCAUACUUGUACUUGCUUUCUUUGGUGACAAGUUCAUGUCCUAUGUGCUAGCCACCGGAGCUGCUGCUGGAUUUGGUGUAACUGUAGACCUAAAACGAAUCACGGAUGCCGAGGGUUUAGAGAUGAGCAAGUUCUAUGAGAAGGCAUAUGCAUCAGCUAGUCUCCUCUUGCUCGCUUUUAUUUGCACUGCUGUGUUAUCUAUUAUCUCUGCCUUUAUACUCCCAAGGCGAUCACUUUGAUUCCAUAACCCAUUGCUUCGAAGAAGAGCCAAAAACCAUGGACUUUGUAC